AUGGAAGUCGCACCGGUUCCGAUGGUGAUAGCUCCAGUUCUGAUGAUGAAUCGACUGAAAGUCCUGAACAGCCUGUCUGGAAAAUACAAACAAAAGUCUCCUGCAUCUGAGCAUCUACCCCUUAGUUCACCAGACAAUUCUCAAUCGAAAGACAAAACUGAACUUUCAACGAUUGGUAAAUGCAAACUGGCUCAUGCUUCACUGAGAAAUAUCAUUGCAUGGGGUUCGGUUCUUCCAUCAGUGCCAGGUCAGAAGGUUCAUGGAGAUCCACUCCGGGAUGAUUGUGUCAGAGUGACGGUUGAAAAGUCGAUAUUAAAGAAUCAUUGUUUGCCAGUCCCAUCUACUCAUCUCAAAACAGUAGAGGAUGCUGAAAAAUCUAUAGUAGCUUGGCCUAAAGAGUUUGUGAUCUCUUGCUCUAGUGGCCAUCCACUUUCAGACCCCGGUGAACAUGAUUCUGACCCAAACGAUGAAUAUGAUUCUGACCCAAACACUAAGAAGACAAAGAAGAAGAAACCUUCAUAUAUGAAGAGCGGGGAACUAAAGUCUCGGAGAUCCAGCAAGAGACUCAAGACUGCAGCCUAAUUAUUAAUAGAAAUAGUCGUGGACUAUAGGAUUUGGAUGUUUAAA